UUUUGUGUGUAAUAAAAAAAAAAUGUAAAUGAUUUUAAUAUUUUUAAUAAAAAUAAAAUUUUUAAACAUAAUAAAAAAUAUAUAAAUAUAUUUUAAUUUUGAAAACGAUUUAUGAUGAUGAUAUUGUCCUUGCCGGAGAAUAUUCUGGUUGAUAUAUUGGGCAGGCUAAAAGGAGAAGAUUUGGCGCGAACGGAGCGUGUAUGCAAGACCCUGAGGCGAUUGGUGUACGGUCACGUGCUCUGGAGGACAAAAUGCCGGCAGGAUAUAAAAGAUAUCGAUGUUCUGAUAGAAUUAACCGGUGUCCUUAACCUUGAAAAAUAUUUCAUCCAUCGUUCUUCCAAAUGCCAACCAAUAUCAAGCAAUGAAUGGCAGCCCGAUAAAGGCAGGAACAAUACCGCAAACACGUUAAAUCAAAAUCAAAUAAAUUUAGUCUUCCAAUCAAGUUGUAACGGGGGAAGUCGUAGGCGAACUACCAAUUAUUCAAGCGAUAAUAAUCGCUGGUGGGCUGACCAUCACUUUUGGAAAAACGCUUAUCGCACUUACUACGCCGUAAAGAUGUUCCAAUGCUACCAAAAUGGUCAUCGCGUACCCAAUGAAUUUAAGCCUAAAGACGCGUUAAAAACUUGCAAAAAAAACGCAUUGCAUGAUAGAUCGUUAACUUAUUCCUUGCCGAUCGUCAGAAGCGUUAAAAAUUCCGGUAACCAUUUGAACGGGUUAAACAUCACCGCUUCCAAAAUGUUCGGCGGGCGUUAUGUAAUAACUGGCCAUUGCAAAGGACACGUCUCGUUGUGGGAGGCCUUCCCGCCAAAACUCAAAACGAUGACACAAAGUUGUUUUAAGAAAAGAGUUUUUUACGGUUUCGGUAAAAAUAAGAAAGAUGCGCAUUAUUCCCCGACAUGUAAUUACGGGUAUCUUCCAAACGACGAUAAAAAAUUAUCCGCGAAUCCUUUAAAUAUCCGCACGAGACACCGUCAAAAAUAUAGCCCCAAAGAUCUCCCCAUACCACAACCCCUCGUUAGGAUCAAUAGGCACACUAACGCUGUCACCGAUAUAGCUAUAGUGAACAAUUUAUAUGCCAAAAGGGUAGGGUUUUAUGAUCAUUCCACCAGUCUUCCUACCCUAUUUUCCAACGUGUCCUUAGGCGAUCAAUUUUUAACCGUUGGUUACGACAAUGCCAUGUCUCUUACCACGUUGUCUUCCUCGUCGAAUCUGAUCUCAACGCCUCAAAGUGAUCCUCACUCUAAAGAACAAAUAAUCAAUACGCUAUUUAUAGGAGCGGAGCCAAAUGCGGAAUGCUUAGAAUCCAGCGAUCCAACUAGCAAUUAUAAUUUUUUCACCACUCCUUUUCGUGAAAAAAUUAUAAAUUCUAGUGUAACUUUUAACGAACACAUAUUCAAUGAUAAUAGAUUGGUAUCCCAAAAGGUUAAUGGAUUUUUUACCAAUCACUCCCCUGAAACUCUCAGUAUCUGGAAAAAUAUAAUUGCUACAGACGGUCCAAAUAACUCUAUAUACGUCUGGAAGCUAGUACGAUACAGGAGCUUCGCCGGUAAUAUUCAUUUUAAUAACCGAACUCUGAAUAAGGGAAUUAAUGAUGAUGAUUUAUCAAAAAACGAUCUUCAUAAACCUGACAACAACACGAUACAUGCCAGUCUGCUACACCGAAAAGGCAAAACGCGGUGUUCCCUUAACUUCAGGUCUCUUCGACUCGGUAGGAUGUCUUUCAACAAUGAUCCCUACGAUCACGAACUCUUUUCCCAAAUCAAUUUCUACGGAUAGAUUCUCCGGUCGCA